GAGUAUGGCAGCGCCAGCAACAAGCAAAUAGCAAAGCCAAUUUAGUAAUCAAAUCCGUGCUAAAUUGGGUUAAAUUGUUAGCUCCAAACCCAAUCAAAUGGUUGCAUUGUCGCUGUGAGCAAGCACACGCCACUCGCAUCCGCAACAAGGCAACAAGAGACGAGCACAAAAAUUUGCAUUUGGAUCAAUGCCAAGAAAAGAAAACAAAACAACAUUGAACCGCAUUAGACAGCAGAAAAAGUGAAAAGAACAGCUGGCAGAGAGCACGCACCUGGCACAGACGGGCGGAUUUCAAUCAGUUGAUAGCAACAGCCCCAACCCUGAGUACACACCUCAGACCACAGCACCGCCAGUGCGCAGCAAUUGAAAACAGCAACAAAAGAGUAGUUGGGAAAAAAACCGGCAUAUAAAACGAGCUUACGUAAGCCACUUAAACAAAGUCGAAUUGCCGCACCAAAAUGUCUCAGGAAUUAACCUUUAUCGAUGUGGACAAGCCGCUGUACGAUCUCACCACCUUUGUGGGACGCUUCAAGUACUAUGCCUGGAUGACAGAUCCCCGUACAGUGGUCCAGCCCAGCGAACGUCUGCUGGAGGCCAAGGAAAUGAUUGAAAAGUAUCGCCGGGGAGAGCAGUCCUUGGUGCCGGGCAAAGCGGAGGAUGUCCAUUACAACAUGAAGUUGUAUACCUCGGCCUUCCAUCCCGAUUCCGGGGAGCUGCAGAACUUUUGCGGUCGCAUGAGUUUUCAGGUGCCCGGCGGCAUGUUAAUCACGGGCGGCAUGCUGGCCUUCUAUCGGACUGUGCCGGCUGUGGUGCUUUGGCAGUUCAUCAAUCAGUCCUUCAAUGCGGUCGUCAACUAUACAAAUCGCAAUGCCAAUUCCCCCACAAGUGUUACGCAGCUGGGCGUUGCCUAUGUAUCGGCCACAACAUCGGCCUUGGUUGCUGCCAUUGGAUGCAAGAACUACUGGUCCAAGAAGGCCACUCCAUUGUUCCAGAGAUUUGUGCCAUUCGCUGCUGUGGCAGCGGCCAAUUGUGUCAACAUUCCGCUGAUGCGACAGAAUGAGAUACUCAACGGUGUGGAGGUGAAGAACACGGAGGGUGAGAUUGUGGGCCAGAGUCGUCUGGCUGCCAUCAAGGGUAUUAGUGAGGUGGUCAUAUCUAGGAUUGCCAUGGCAGCGCCGGGCAUGCUGGUACUGCCACUGAUCAUGGAACGUUUGGAGAAGCUGCCCGCCUACAGGCGCAUCAAGUGGAUAAAUGCUCCAUUCCAGACACUGAUGGUUGGAUGCUUCCUUUGCUUCAUGGUGCCCUCAGCCUGUGCUUUCUUCCCGCAGCAAUGCUCCCUGGACACCUCUACCAUGCGCACCUUUGAGCCGGAACUCUAUGAGGAUAUGAAGAAGAGAACCGAUGGAAAUGUGCCCAAGCGUGUCUACUUCAACAAGGGUCUGUAAGGACAUUGCACAUGACCCCUAAUGUGCAAAAAGGAAAGACAAUAAUUAGUCAAUUGUCGUUGUCUUCGUUGUUGUUUUCUGUGUAGCAUUUAUUGUUUCAGAUUGCGCAAUAUUUAUAUAUUGCAAAUGGUUCCUUGUGUCUCGUCUCAAUAGCUGAACAAAGUAGUAUUUAAGCUGAAAAGAAAGUAUCUCAACGCCAUAGAAAAUGUAUCUAUCUAUCACUAAAUUUGUACUUAAAGGGUAUUACUUUUUGUGUGUGAGUAUUUUGUGUUUUUUAGAACUGUAUUUGGAAAACUAUGUUGCUGACUAGCUUAUAAAUUUGUUCAAUUUUAGGCUUCAGGGCAGAGCAGAGACUCUGCCACAAAUUAAUUCGAAUAAUUCAAAUAUUGGGAAUUUAUUUCUAUGUAAAAACUAAUCUUUA